GCCCCGACACCCCCUCUUCGCGACGAAUUUUCGACUUUGUUCUCCCCGUCGAACUGAAUUCUCGCAACAAUGGCGACCGAGUUGACCGUCCAGUCGGAACGUGCGUUCCAGAAGCAGCCUCACAUCUUCCUUAACUCCAAGACCAAGGCGAAGAGCAAGAAGGUUGGCCAGGGUCGGAGAUGGUACAAGGACGUUGGUCUUGGCUUCCGUACCCCCAAGGGCGCCAUUGAGGGUAGCUUCAUCGACAAGAAGUGCCCCUUCACCGGUCUUGUCUCCAUCCGUGGCCGUAUCCUGACUGGCCGUGUCGUCUCGACCAAGAUGCACCGUACCAUCGUCAUCCGCCGUGAAUACCUCCACUACGUCCCCAAGUACAACCGUUACGAGAAGAGGCACAAGAACCUUGCUGCUCACGUCUCGCCCGCUUUCCGUGUUGAGGAGGGUGACUGGGUUACCGUCGGCCAGUGCCGUCCCCUGUCCAAGACUGUCCGCUUCAACACCCUCCGUGUCUUGCCCCGUACCGGUAAGGCCGUCAAGGCUUUCGCCAAGUUCUAAGCGCGUCGAUGGAUGAUGGGGGUGCUUUGAGAGGGAAAUAAAAACCUAGGGAAGCGGCAUGACUGGAUAUAGGCGAAAUUCUAUUUCACGGGUUGGGAUUGUUUUACGAGCUCAUGUCCCAGGUACCCUUUUGAAGAAAAU